AUGAAAAGCAGAGCCAGGCCAGCGCCCCCUGACCCCAGAGGGGUCAUGUGUGGACAGAGUCCUGUGUCCAGUCUUACCUUUGGUCCACAGGAAACAUACAAGGAGCGACCAGCAAUCAUCUCUGGACAUGAGAGUGGACAGAUAAUUGAGUGGAGUAUCACAACUCAGAGGGCCAAAGUCUCCUGGCCAGGACACACGCAGUCUGUCAUUUGGCUUGCAUGGGCUGUGCCAGAUAAGCUGCUCAGCCAGGGCAGGGAUGGCAUGGUUCGAGUUUGGACUCAGGACAAAAACUCCUGGACAUGUAUUGGUGAAAUUCCAUGUGCCCAGUUUGUAUUUUGUGACAGUGCUGUUACUCGGUGGAACAAUGAGAUCAAACUGGCAGUACCUAGCAGGGAGACCAGCCAUGUUGAUGUUCACACCCUUGAUCAAGGCAGACUACUCUCACAGACAUCAGUGUUGACCCCAGGAGAUUCACUUCCUAUCUCAGAUCUCUCACAUACUCUCAAACCUCCAUCUACGGAAACAUACGGCAUGUGUAUGAGGUUAUGUACGUUUGUACACAGAAGCAGUGGGCCCCGUCUUCUUGUUGCAUACGAGAGUGGGACAUUGACUUUAUGGGACCUUUUGGGAAAUGUUCUGCUAAAUCAGGUCAAAGGCCAUGAAGACUCCAUAAUGGCCAUGGAUUAUGGGGUUAACCCUAAUUCUGAUAUGAUUACAUGCGUCACGGGAUCGGCAAAUGAAGUUAUUAAAACCUGGCAGAUAGACAAGGACACAUUUGUAGAAGGCCCCAGUGUAUCAGUGACUAACCCAGGUAUUAGUGACAUUGCUGUGAGGGGAGAUGGUCGUAUAUUUGCCACCGGUGGCUGGGACCACCGUGUUCGAGUCUUCAGCGUGAGAAAAUGCAGCCCUCUGGCUGUGUUGAUGUACCACACCAGCAGUGUUCAUUGUGUUUGUUUCGCACCGGAUGACACUCUUGCCACUGGUUCAAAGGAUGGCUACAUUGCAUUGUGGGAUGUCUACAAGGAUAAAUAA